GCACAGGCGGCUCAGGGGGUCACGUGUUGCGGAGGUUUCCAGGGAGUGACGUCACAGGCGUCCUUAGAGCAGCAAGAUGGCGCCCAAAGGGAGAAGGCGCGGAGUUCUCUCUUCCACGCCGCUGGAGGUUCUCUUCUUCCUCAAUGGCUGGUACUGUGCUUCCUACUUCAUCAUCGAGACUCUCAUUUUUAUCUAUAAAGGGCUGAUCCUGCCGUACCCCACAUCUAAUCUGAUCCUCGAGUCAUUCCUGCUCUUUCUCUAUCUGGGCAUUGAGGUCUCUAGAUUGUUUCUGGGGUGCCGGGGGAACCUGUGUGAGAGGAAGCUGCCGCUGGUGGUGAGUCUGGGCCUGACGAUACCGGCCGGGCUCCUGGCAGUCUAUUUCCUAUUGCUACAGACCUACGCCCUGAGGCUAGAGACUGUGCUGAACUGUAUCCUGCUGCUGUUCUACGGGCUGGAGGCCAUACUGAGCUGUACGGCCCUCAUUACCCUCUGCAGGGAACCCACCUACUGACGUGACUGGAGCCCAAUCCUGUGUGUGUUUCCCUGAUGCCCCAAAAUCCCCCAUCUGUUUGCUGUGCAAAACGCCCCAAUUCAGAGUGCGGUGACGCCCCAAUAACGUUCUACUCCCAGAAGCCUCUGGCUCCAACGGGAAUGUACCUUUGUGUCUCUCGGAGGGGGAGGAGCUUCUCACUUUAACCUCUCGCUGGGACCCGAAAUAAUAAAAUGUAUUUUUUUUUUUUGUAUAA